AUGUUCGGUCCGGGCCUUUUCGCCGUGUUGACAAUCUCUGUCUCCUUUGCCCUCGGCCAGGCAGUGUGGGAAGCCGACCAAGUCGGUACGACAAUAUGUCAAUGGAAACAGCUUCGAGCGGCGGUUCUCCGGGACACGGUAUAUCUAGACGGCGGGAAUCUAUAUUGGGAACCCGAGUUCGCCGACCGCUCAACGGGGGAACCUUUCGACGACGGGAACCCACUGGGCCGCAUCUACAUGCUCAACUUCAGCACGCCAUUCGACACAACCCAGAAUAUAUCGGACAUCUUGGGGGUGCUAGAAACCGGCGGCGGCAACCGCGCCCCAACUUACGAGGACGGCGCCCUCCUGGGCAACGAUGCCGAGAUUUUCUUCUACGGCGGCAUGGUGUCGCGAACCGACAGCGCCUCGGACCCAUCAGCGAACGAGGUGCUGUGCUAUAGAAAGUACGAGUACGGCCCAGAACGGACCUUUUUCCCGGGCUUCGAGGACGUGCAGCUCACUGGGAACAUGACCCGCUACAUCACCUACGGGGGGGCUGCCAGUGCGCCUUCUGAAAACCUGGCGUGGUACUUUUCUGGGAUGCAUUCCGCGAGCAAGGGAAUGAUCUUUAAGCCUGGUGAUUACGCCAAUGGCUCAUUCGACGCCGUCCACGUGUCAGACACCCUCAUCACGCUGGAUAUGGAGAGACAGCAGUCCGAAACCUUCAAAAACGAGACGCUACAAGGCAUCCCUGGGCGAGCAAACCCAGAACUCGUCUGGGUGCCCGUUGGCCGUCGCGGGAUUCUCGUAGCACUAGGCGGCGUCGUGUAUCCCGAUUUUGCGGAGCCGUACAGGAUAUCGAAAAAUGAAUCAGCUAGCACAUCACAAAGCCCGGAGUUCAUGUCCACCAUCGACAUCUACGACGUGGACAGCGAAAAGUGGUACCGCCAACAAACCGCUGACGGGCCCGGUCAGCUCACCCGCGGCUGCGCCGUUGUCGCGCGCGCGCAAGACGGUUCGAGCUUCAACAUCUACUAUUAUGGCGGCUACGAUGGUCUGCACCCGGCGGAGCCCUUCAGUACCGAAGUUUGGGUCUUGUCGUUGCCGUCGUUCACCUGGGUCAAGUUGGCGUCUGGUGGCGCAGCUGGACGCGCCGGGCACAAGUGCGUCACUCCAUACCCCGACCAGAUGCUGGCUAUCGGGGGCUACCAAGCUGGUGAUUCGCUUCUCCCAACAUGUCUCGACGAAACAAUCCGGGUGUUUAACCUCUCGACCGGGCAAUGGCUCAGUCGGUACGAUCCUGCAGUAUAUGCCGAAUACACAAUCCCCAGCGCCGUCGUUGACAAGAUCGGUGGGUCCGGGACCGGGGGCGCCACGGCGACGACCCCAAGCCCGUCGUGGGAUGCGACAGAGCUUGCGGGCAUCUUUGAGGAAAAAUACCCAAUGAGCAAGAUCACGACCUACUACCCGUAUGCCUCGGUUAGCCCGCCCGACAACACGAAUCCGGAUGCCCCGACCUCUGAACCCGAGGACGGAGGUGGAGGCGUCCCCUCAUACCUUCCACCAGUGCUCGGCGUCGUCCUAGGUCUGGUUUUCUUGACCAUGGUUGCGGUCUUGAUCUUCCUCUGGCGCCGUCGCAGACUACUGCACCGCAAAGGUACUACUGCAAGUGAAGCCGGCACUGAGGACACCAACGGCAACCGCAUCGCCUCCUGGCUGCGCGGCCAGCCCACCGAGGUCAAGACGCCGACUAUGACCAACUCGUCCGAGUAUUUGCCUGUGAGCUCGACAGAGGUCGACAGCAGCGUUGGCGGUGCACCACCAAUGUCAAUCGCCGAGAUGAUGGAUACCGGAGUGCCCAUAGCCGAGUUGCCAGACACCUCCCCCCCAGCAGAGCUCCACUCCGCCGCCCUCUCCCCCACCGCCGCAGCCGCAGCCACCGCCUCCCUCAACAACAACACCACCUACCCAUCCACCCACCAAACCGACCACGCCUCCUCCCCCUCCCCCCAAUCAACCCCACCCCCCGUACCGCACGAUAACGAAUCCCCCGUCUUCUACCGGCCCGACUCGGACGCGCUCGGCCGCGGCGGCGGGGCCGGCACCAGCGCGACGACCUCCCCCACGGGCACCACCACGGCGGGCGCCUCCCCCACCAACGCAACCGGCACCAUCACCACGGCCGGGUCAGGCUCGGGCCGCAGCAACAAAGUCCUCUCGGGCAUCUCCAACCUGUCGGAGCGCGACCGCUCCCACCUGCGCCAGAUCAGCGACACCACCGUGUCCUCGGUCACGACGGCGCCCGGGGCGGGCGGGGGGGCUGCUGCUCCUACCAGUAACGGUAACGGCGGGAACGGAAACGGAAACGGCACCGGCGAGCGCGACCGCGAGCGGAUGCUCAGCGGCGUGAGCGCGCUCAGCGCCGGCACGAGCGCCAUCUACGGGCUCGGGGGCGGUGGGGAGGGCGAUAGGGGUGUGAGUGCCAUGAUCGCGGAGAGCCCUGCGGUUGUGUCGCCGCCGACGGCGACGGCGGGGCCGGGCGAGGGGGCCGAUUAUCUCGGGGCGAGGCCGGUUGCGGGGCAGCAGCAGGGCCAAGGCCAGGGGCAGCAGGGGCCGGGGAGUCCGUUGAGGAGGAGUGUGUUUUCGGAGGAUAUUAGUGGCGGGGAGGAGAGUGGACCGCCGAAAGGGGGUGGUUGAGUGAGUGAGGGUGGGAUUUGAUGUUGUAAAUGGGGAAAAUAUGGGAUGAGGGGUAUGGUAUAUGGAGAGGCGUUGUUACGGAUAUGGUCACUCCUUUCGCGGGUUUUUCAAUGAUGAUACCUGUACCUGUCGGUCUUUUUUGGCAUUGCUGGGUAGCGAAAGUUGUAAUCAGGCGCUGUUGGGGGUUCACUCGUCGAGAUUGACGGUAUACGAAUGAUACGCAGCAUAAUAUUCAUGACAUGUUUUAUCUCAGGGGUAGUCCAUUUGACUUGUUAUAACCUAACCAUUAUGUCCCCCACAGCAACCAACUUGCCCCUUUCUAGGCAUCACCCUUCUUCGCCGUCACCUCAAUUUCAAUCUUCAUCACCUCCUCCAUCAGCCCAGCCUGAACCAUAGUCGCCGCGGGCCGGACCUCCCCAAACCACUUCUUAAGAACUGGCCUGC